CUGCCUAGCAAUGCUAGCGAGCGGACCGGCCGAACGCUCGGCCGGUGGACCGUAUACAAGCGUUUCCCUAUUCAGAUCAUACAAAGGGAGUAGUAGAUGAUUUGUUGUUCGGAUGAUUUUAUAAUACUACUACCAUUGGUAGAAGGUCCAUAGUCAAAGCUUGAAUUGCAGAGAAGAGCCGACGAUACCUCGACGGCGUCGGCCAUGGCCGCCGAAUACGACCGCACGGCCGACCUCCGCGCGCUGGACGCCACCUGCUCCGGCGUCCGCGGCCUCGUCGCCUCCGGCGUCACACACCUCCCCCGCAUCUUCCGCGUGUCCGACGGCGUCCACCAACCACAACCACCGCCACCGCAAGUUCCAUCCCAAGAACUGCCGUCCUCGUCAGCGCCGUCCGUCCCGGUGAUCGACCUCAGCGGCUCUGACCACGCGGCCGUGGUCGCGGCCGUCCGCCGGGCCGCGGCGGAGUGGGGGUUCUUCCAGGUGACAGAGCACGGGGUGCCGGAGGCGGCGAUGGCAGCGGCGACGGACGCGGUGCGGGGCUUCCACGAGGCCGACGGCGGCGAGGGCAGCGACAAGGCCAGGCUCUACUCGCGCGAGCCGGCGAGGGCGGUCAAGUACCACUGCAACUUCGACCUGUACCAGUCGCCGGUGGCCAACUGGCGCGACACGCUCUACCUCCGCAUGGCCCCCGACCCGCCCGACGCCGGCGACCUGCCGGACAGCUGCCGCAAUGCUCUGUUUGAAUACGCCGAACAAGUGAAGAAUUUGGGGAGCACUUUAUUCAAGCUGCUCUCAGAAGCUCUUGGGCUCAAACCAAGCUACCUGACUGAUAUAGAGUGCAACCAAGGACAGAUCAUACUCUGCCACUAUUAUCCUCCUUGCCCACAGCCUGAACUCGCCAUCGGGACAAGCAGGCAUUCAGACUCUGGCUUCCUCACCAUACUUCUCCAAGACGAAAUCGGCGGCCUCCAGAUCCUACACGAGGACCGGUGGGUAGACGUCACGCCGACACCUGGAGCGUUCAUUGUCAACAUCGGCGAUCUCCUACAGUUGAUCUCCAAUGACGGGUUCAGGAGCGUGGAGCAUAGGGUGGUGGCCAAGAACGCCGCGCCGAGGGUCUCGAUCGCGUGCUUCUUCAGCACGCAUUUCCACCCUGCCUCUACGAGAAUGUACGGGCCGAUCAAGGAGCUGCUGUCUGACGAGAACCCGCCGUUGUACAGGGAGACCCUCGUCAGAGACUACAUCAAACAUUACUACUCCAUCGGGUUAGAUGCGAAAACUGCUAUCUCUGAUUUCCGGUUGUGAAGUGUGAAGGAGGCUUUCUGUCCUGAUGGUAUACUAUAGACUAUAUCGAUGUACCUGGAACAUUGAUAAGUUGAGCAGUUUGUAAUGCUAAAGAAGUGACAAUAAAAUGGCAGUACAAGUGCCAUCAUAUUGUAUACAUGUGGUACAUGAGUGAUUAUAUUGUGUACAUGUGGUACAGGAGUGAUUA